UGUGGGUAAGCUCCUGGUCGUCAUGGCACAGUCGACAUGGGUACACCUUACCACAACAUGGAGACACAAAGGAGCACCCGCGGCUGUAGUGGGAACACAGCUUUCUGUAGUCCCCAACUGGCGGAUCCGUGACGUCCUCGUCCAUCUUGCCCACUUGCUCGCCCAUGUUCCGCGCCCGGUUUCUCCUCUGGCCAAGUAGCUAUGAACAGAGAGCCCUAGCAAGAGGUGGGGUUUUGUUGCCAACGCGCAAAAUAAUGACGUCAUACCCACGUGUACGAAAACUGGGGGAAAUGGCUAAAAAGACGGCUCGAGUUCUUGCCAGAUCACCGCUGGGACCGCUAAGAAAGGUUUCCCGCGGCAGACCUGGCAACAAGGUGAGCUUAUGGUGUGUGCGCGGGGCGCAAUUGGCCGUUGUUGGAUGUCUGCCCAGUUUCGUAAUGGCUGCCCGCCUUGGCGAUGUGCAGGUUCGCCGACUUGCCGCGUGGCGGGAGGAGAAGAAGCGGAAGAUGAAGGAGAAGAGGGAGAGGAGAGAGCAGCGACAGAAGGAGAGAGAGAAACUAGGAGAAGACGCCCCUCCAAAGUUGGAACCUCGUACCAUUGAAAACACUCGCGUAGUGGACGAGACAGUGGUGGUGCCAGACGAUGAAGAAGUGAUUCAGGACGAAAAAACGGAUGAAUUUGCCGGUUACUUUGAUCACCGCGUGACCCCCAAGGUUCUGCUGUUGACCGUGAAGAAACCCUCGGGAAAGACUGUACUGCUGCUGAAUGAACUCAACAAGUGCAUCCCUAACUCGGAGUUCAAACUCCGCUGGGGAGCUGAGCUAAAGAAAGUCAUCCCGGAAGCCGUAGAAAGAGACUUUACCGACAUUCUGGUGGUGAAUGAAGAUCAGAAGAGACCAAACGGACUGGUGGCAAUCCACCUCCCCUCCGGUCCCACUGCACACUUCAAACUCACCGGCUUCAAGAGAGGAUACGACAUCAGGGGGCAUGGGAAGGUGACGCAGCACAAACCGGAGGUGAUACUCAACAACUUCACCACUCGACUCGGUCACAGUGUGGGGAGGAUGUUUGCGUCCUGGUUCCCUCAGGUCCCCCAGUUCACCGGGAGGAGAGUCUUCACCUUCACAACCAGAGAGACUUCAUCUUCAUCAGACAUCACAGGUUGUUUCAAAACUUUUGACGCAUUUCUAUGCCAAUUUAUUUCCUUCAUGCAUUAUUUCGGGUACAUAUUCAGGGGAGCAGAGAAGGUCGGUCUCCAGGAACUGGGGCCUAGGCUGACUCUCAAACUCCGCUCGCUCCAGGAGGGAACCUUCGACUCCAAACACGGCGAGUACAUCUGGGUCCACAAGAGAAAGCAAAUGGACACCAGUAGAAGAAAGUUCCACUUGUGAAAAACACUCGUUUUUCUCUCAUCAUUUUAUCAACAAAAAAAUCAAUAUUAUUAAAAUUGCUAAUCAAUUGAGCUUUUUCUGUUUGUCAGGAACUAGAGGAUAGGAAAUGUUGAUUGGACGACCCGUUUUUUCAUAUACUCUUUUUGGUUUAUUGGUUGCCACAGUUUUG